CAUUGUUUAACAAAAAUAUGGACGGUCGGCAUCGGCUGCUUUCAUGACAUUUAAUAAUUAAAAAAAAUAAAAACACAAAUAUUAUAAAUUAUAUGAUAAUUAUUUAGUUUGUUUAUAAUAUAUUAUUUAAUUAUGUCGGAUUAUUUUAAAUCAGCACUUGGUUAUUUAAAUGGUGGUGGUAAUACAAAUGAUUUUGUUGGACAAAUAUUAGAAAUUAAUAAUGUUAAAAUACGUGUUAACAGAUUAAUUGCUGAGGGUGGAUGGGCGUUGGUUUUUGCUGUUGAAGAUGUUGCUACUGGAAAAGAAUAUGCCUUGAAGAGAUUAAUAGCAGUUGAUGAUGAGGCAAAUAAAACAAUAAUACAAGAAAUUGAAACGUUAAAAAAAUUAUCUGGACAUAAAAAUAUAAUUCAGUAUAUGUGUGCUCAACGUAUUGAACGUGAUGAUAAACGUACAUGUGAAUAUUUAAUUGUAACUGAAUUUUGUCCAGGUGGUACAUUAGCUGAUUUAUUUCGUUCAGUAUCAUCAACAAAUUUAACACUUGAACAAAUAUGUAAAAUAGCAUAUCAAGUAACUCGUGCUAUUCAUCAUCUUCAUAAUCAACAACCACAUCCAAUAAUUCAUUGGGAUAUUAAACUUGAAAAUUUUCUCAUAGCAAAUGACGGUACAAUUAAAUUAUGUGACUUUGGUAGUGCAUCAACUCAACAAAUACAACCAGAUUCAUCAUGGAAUGCUCAAAAACGUGCAAAUUUAGAAGAUCAAAUGUCAAAAUUUACAACACCAAUGUAUAGAUCACCAGAAAUGAUUGACACAUGGAAUAAUGAACCAAUUGGUCCACCAGCUGAUUGUUGGGCAUUGGGUUGUAUAUUAUAUACACUAUUAACACUUCGUCAUCCAUUUCCUGAGGGUAAUAAAUUAGCAAUUGUAAAUGCAAAAUAUCCACCGUUACCAGUAAAUCCACGCACAGCAUGUAUCAAUGAAUUGGUAAAAGGAUGUUUAGAAGUAUCACCAUUAAAACGUAUGACAACAUCAAUGGUACUUGAACGUCUUGCUUCAAUUGCUGAAACAAAUAAUUUUGAUCCAAGAGAAGCUGUUAAAAUUGAUAUUAAAAUAUCAUCAACACAAUCAUCACAACCACAUGCACAACCACCACCAAGACCAACUCAACCAUCAACAGCAUCACCAUUACAUUUACCAUCAAGACCACCACCACCAAAACCAUCAGUAUCACCAACACCACCAUCACCACCACCAAUAACAAGAACAAAUUAUUUACAUAAACAAUUAAAUAAUAAUAAUAAUAAUAAUUCACAAUCAACAACAGUUGGCUCAGGUGGUUUAUUUUCUUCAUUACGUGGUGGUGCUGGUAAUUUAUUUAAAAAUAUAAAAGAUACAUCAAGUAAAGUAAUACAAUCAGUACAACAAACAAUAACAAGAAAUGAUGAACUUGAUGCUAGUUAUAUAACAUCAAGAAUACUUGUUAUGCCAUAUCCAGAUUGUGGUAUUGAAUAUGUUGUAUCACCAAAUUACAUUGAUGAUGUACGUGAUUAUUUAAAAUUUAAACAUCCACCACCAGCUAAAAUACAAUUAUAUAAUUUAACAAAAGGUAAAACAAAUGUAACACGUUUAAAUGGUAAACAUAUUGAUUGUAAUUUUGCAUAUACAUUAUUAGAAACAAAUGCACCAUUAUUAUCAGCAUUAUAUCAAAUAUGUGAAGAUAUUUAUUGUUAUUUAGAUGAUAAUUUUAAUAAUAUUAUUGUAACAUAUUGUGAUGAUGGUUGUCGUACAAGUGCAACAAUAAUAUGUUCAUUAUUAUUAUAUUGUGGUGCAUUAAAUAGUGUUGAUGAAGCUAUUGAAUUAUUUAAAACAAGAAGAUGUCAAACACCAUUAUUACAACCAUCAGAAUUACGUUAUAUUAAUUAUAUUAAUAUGUUACAUUCUGGUUUAUAUCCACAUACAAAAACAUUAAUAUUAAGAUCAAUAAUAAUACAACCAAUACCAUUAUUUAAUCGUGCUAAAGAUGGAUGUCGUCCAUAUGCUGAUAUAUAUUCAAAUGGUUCACUUGUUUAUUCAACAAAACGUUCUGAAUAUGAUGAUAUGAAAUUAUUUAAUCAGCAUGAAGGUAAAAUAUGUUUAAUAUUAAAUGAUGCUAUUGUUUGUGGUGAUAUUAUGAUUAUUUUAUAUCAUGCUAGACAACAACUUGGUCGUAUUAUUGGUAUUAAAAUGGCAUCAUUACAAUUUUAUACUGGUUAUGUGCCAAUUCAUCAAUCAACAAUGACAUUUGAUUAUAAAGAUUUAGAUAAUGUACCAGAAAUUGGUCAUUCAUUUAAUGUUUCAUUAAAUGUCAUGAUUGGUGAUGAUAAUUUAAAAAUAUCAAAAAUUUCAUUACCAUGGGAAGCUAAAACAACUGGCAUUAAAAAUUUACAUCCUGAUCCAUUAUUUUCAUCGACACUUGAAAUGGAAGAAACAUUAGAAAAUUUUAGAAAAAAUAAUCAUGAAAAAUUAACAACAACAACGACAAUUAAAGCACCAAAACGUCCACCACCACCAAAAAUAAUACAUCAACAAAUUGAUGAUAAAUAUGAGCCAGAAAAAGAACCAUUAAAUCCAUCAAAUAAUGAUAAAAUUAUUAAUGAUAAUAAUGAUGAUUUUGCUGAAGCUGAUUUAUUAAAUCUUGGUAUGACAAAUUCAACAAAUUCAACAAAUAAUAAUAAAGAAAAUAAUUCUAAUGAUGAUGAUAAUAAUAAAAAUACAAAUGAUAUAUUUGGUAAUUUUGCAUCAUUUAAAGAAUCAAAUAUUGAUAAUAAACAAUCAUCAAAUGAUUUAUUAUUUGAUACAACAACAAUAAAUAAACAAGAAAAAAAUAAUAAUGGUAAUAUAAAUGAUUUAAUAUUUGAUCCACUUGGUGGUGGUAAUAAUAAUAAUACUAAUAAUAAUAUAUUUGGUAAUUGGACAAAUUCAUCAUCAACAUCAACAACGACAAAUAUUAAAACACCAAAUGAUGAUAAUUUUCCACGUAAUUCAAGUGUACCAAAUUUUCAAGCACAAAAUAAAGAUCCAUUUGCAAAUUUAGCUGGUUCAAUGAGUACUGGAUUAAAUUCAAGUUGGAAUGGUACACCAAAAGAUUCAAAUACACCACAAUCAUCAAGUCCAGGUACAACUGGUACACCAGUACAUUCUAGUCCACAUAUGCAAAAUAAAAUAAAUAUACCAAAUGAUAUAAAUUAUUCAGACAUGACAAAUGUAUUUAAUAGUAAUAUAAAAUCAUCAACAACAUCAACAUCAUCAGCAACAACAGCAGCAUCAACAGCAACAAAACCUGGUGAUAUUUUUGAAGAUUUACUUGGUAGUCAGGGUUAUAAUUUUUUUAGUUCAAGAAAAACCGAUAAAGAUAGUCCAAAAACAAUAAAUCAAAUGAGAAAAGUUGAAGCUGCUAAAACAAUGGAUCCAGAAAAGUUAAAAGUUGCUGAAUGGACUGAGGGUAAAAAAAGUAAUUUACGUGCAUUACUUUGUUCAUUGCAUACUGUAUUGUGGAGUGAUGCUGAUAGAUGGCAAAAAUGUGAAAUGCAUCAAUUAGUUACUGCUGCUGAAGUUAAAAAAGCAUAUAGAAAAGCAUGUCUUGCUGUUCAUCCAGACAAGCAAGCAGGAACUGACAAUGAAAAUUUGGCAAAGUUAAUUUUCAUGGAAUUGAAUAAUGCCUGGAGUAUAUUUGAAAACGAUGCAACACAGCAAAAUUUAUUUAGUUAAUUUUUUAGAAAUAAUAGAUAUUGGAGGAUAAUUAUUGAAGAAGAAAUAAAUAAUAAGAAAAAUUCAAUGAGAAAAACGAAAAAAAAAAACAAAUUAAAUUACAAAUAUGUGAGUUAAAUGAAAAUUUAUUAAUUUAUCGUUAUUAUAAUAAUGUUAAAAAUUAAUAUUAUCUAAUAAUUGAUAACAAAAAUAUGCUAAAAACUUUGACGCAUUCCGGCGAUGUUACAAUAGACAUUUAGUCGUGUUUAAAUUGAAAUUUUAAUCUGGUGUUAAUCUUUUAAUUCGCUUUAAAACAAAUAAAAAUUUAAAAAUAUUUUUCUCUUUUAUUGUGACAAUUUAAAUCUCAUUAUUAUUAUUAAAAAAAAAAAAAACUAUCAUUAAUUAUUAUUAUUAUUAUUAACAAAAUAAUAGUUGAAAGAAAAAAAAAAAAAAUUAAAUUUUAAAUUCUAUCUCAUGUAUAAGUUAUAAUAUGUAUAUAAAAAAAAAAAAAAAAAAAAAAAGGAUGUAUAUUAUCUAGCUCCCAAAUAUACGAGAUUAUUUUUUCUGUGAAAUUAAAUUGUUUACGUGAAAAUUAUUUAUAUUCCGUGUCGACAAUAACCACGCCCACAAUAAUUAUUUUGUUUUUU